CAACUAGGAAUUCAACAUUGACUUUCCAAAAGAGAAAGAAGAAGAAAACACAAACAAAAGCAUUGCCUUUUAGAAAAAUGAGAUCCUCUAAAUCUAGAUCCCAUCAUCGAUCCCUCCCAAUUCCACAUUCUCACUCCAUGUAGCUUCUCUUCUCCUCAACCGCGAUCCAAUGAUUCCAUUGCAUCGCUUCAAUUCCAAUCACAAAUCACCACAAUGAACAACGAUUACACUCUCGGAUCCCAAUCCUACAAAUCCUUCCCUGCAUACCCAGACACCGAUUUCGACAUCGAAUCCGGAAACACCACCCCAACCAAACGAAUCAGAAAACCCAAACCUUCACCAAUUCGUCCCCUUUACAAAAUGAUCCAAAAGUUUCACCAUUUUUUCAAACUCCACCCUCUCGUUGCUCUUUUACUUCUAGCUUUCUCUUUUGGGGUUUCACUCUUGGUUUUUCUCUCUUACAACACGACCCAGUUGAAGGAUUAUGAGAGAAUUGAACCGGGUUUGGAUGAGUACCCGUUUUCGAAGCUUAGGAAUUUGGUAAUGGUGGCUGGGCAUUCGGUUUAUAUGAGUAGUGGGUGUGGGAAGAUUGAGAAGGAGGAUUCUUGGUUUUUGGAGUCGUAUCAGAAGAAUCCGGGUCAAGCAGCGACUUUUGUGAAGCAUAUUGAGGAGGGGAUUGAGAUUGUGGAUAAGGAUGAGGCUGCUUUGCUUUUGUUUAGUGGUGGAGAGACGAGGAAAGAUGCUGGACCAAGGAGUGAGGCUCAGAGUUAUUGGGCUGUGGCUGAUUUCAAAGGAUGGUUUGGUAAGGAAGAAAGUGUGAAAUGGAGAUCACUUACAGAGGAACAUGCUCGAGACAGUUUCGAAAAUCUUCUAUUUAGUGUCUGUCGAUUCAGAGAGCUUACUGGCACCUAUCCUCAAAAUAUUACUGUUGUAAGUUAUGAUUUCAAGGAAAACAGAUUUGCAAAUCUACAUCGAUCCGCGAUCGGCUUUCCAGAGUCAAGAUUCUUCUAUGCUGGCACACCUGCUACAACAAAUGCAGUAGCAGCUGCUCUAAAAGGUGAGGAAUUGGUGAGAACACAAUUCUUAAGAGAUCCAUACGGAUGUCGGGGUUCACUCUAUCACAAAAAACUAAAGCGCGACCCUUUUCAUCGAUCAAUUCCAUAUCCUAAUGGAUGUCCAGAAAUGGAAGCUUUGUUCAGAUAUUGUGGACCAGCUCCAUACCCCGGCGCACUCCCGUGGGCAUAGUAACGGUAGUUCCGUAAAUUAUACAAGUGUAAACUAACAACUUAGAGAUAUUAGACACAUGAUAUUUAUUGAUACAUGAUAUUAAGACUAAAUUUUGGUUAGAUGAUGAUAAAUUGUGUAGAUGAAUCAUGAAACUUGUUGCAUCUUUCAUAGAAGAAGUUUGACGAGGUUUUUUGUAAGGUGGAUUUAUUAGAUAUCUUGGUGUUCUAAACAUGACACAGUUCAAUAUGAAAUAUGGUUAAUGAGUUCAUUUUGAAUUUCUUUAUGCUAUGUUACAAAUAUGGGAUCAUG